AUGGAGGGGUUGUUCAAGGAUUUGGGAUAUAUUCAUUGGAAGGAUUUUUACUGGAAAAAGCCUGAUGUCGGAGGUGGUGUUGCUCUUAAGCUACUUAGACUUGAUAGGGAUGUGGUGAACAUGUAUGAGGAUGCAAUUAGAAAAGAUGAUAGGGUGGUACAUGUGUAUUGGGAGCAUACGGUAGACAUUCCAACUGAGGUUGAGGUGGUUGACAUAGAUGCAGAAGAGGUCCCUACCUCUGAAACAGAACCAUCCAAUGUAAAUGCAGAUAGCGAAUCAAGAGCAAAACAAAAAAACAGAAGAAAUUCUUACAAGAGGCCAGCUCCUAGUGGACAGAUCUUUGUGCAAAGAGGCAUAGGUGAAGCUCCAAAAAUAUUUGUCCCUCGUGUAACCAGUGACUCUUCAGAGAGUGAUGAUGAUGACUCUGACCUAGAUUACCAUCAAUAUGAGUCUGAGGAGCUGCACAACCCUUAUUCAUUAGAUUGUGAUAAUGACUAUGAGGCAGAACGCAUUGUUUGGCCUCAAGGGAACCCGAAUGCUGCUUUUGGCUCAGUACAUUUAGAGCUGGGGAUAAAAUUUGAAACUAUGGACCAAUUCAAAAGAGCAGUUAGGAAGUUUAAUAUACAAAUUGGAAGGAAUAUCAUGUUUAGCCGAGUGGAACCUAUGAAAUGUAAGGCAAUUUAUUGUGAAGCCAACUGUCCUUGGACUAUCUACUGUUCAAGGUCUAAUGAACCAAAGAGAUUUCAACUGGAGGAGAAGUUGAGGGACCAAAGGGACUUUAAAACUGCUGAAGCUGAGGCAUGGUUUAGGAGAGAGUUCAAUGUAACCAUCAACUACAAGAAAAUACAGAGGACAAUGAAGAAGGCAAGGGAGAAUAUUGAGGGUUGGGAGAGGAAGCAGUAUGCUGAGUUGAGGGAUUACAUCCUUGCCCUGUUGACAGCUAACCCAGGAGCAACUAUUUACAUGGACACUAUCCCUAUGCCUGAUUCCCUCCCGAUUUUCAAAAGACUCUAUAUAUGUUUUGAUGCUUGCAAAAAAGGUUUCAUACAAGGUUGCAGACCAUUUAUUGGACUGGAUGGUACAUUCCUAAAAGGUUAUUACGGUGGCCAAUUGCUUACAGCAGUGGGACAAGAUGCUAACAAUCAGAUCUUUCCCAUUGUGUAUGCAAUUGUUGACUCAGAGACAAGAGAUAACUGA